GACAAACCGAAAGUGUUAUAUUACUCCCUUAACGCAUAAAAGCAUUGUUCAUUACAUGUGAUUAGAAAACUUCUGAAACUUCUGCAGAAAAUGUGUUUAAAUAGAUAGCCAGGGUGCGCAAAUAACUUUAUACAAAGGAAUAAAAUUAAUAAACACUAACAUGUAAAUUGUAGUAGUGGCAAGUCGAAUUUUCACGCAGUUUCUGAUGAACGUUGAAAAUCUAUAACUAUUGAAAGUAAGAUGCAAGACAAUAUGAAAAGUAUUAACGAAACCUCUUUAACGUCAUUGUCAGAUCAAGACAAACUAUUGCAAGAAGCCAACCGGCGAAAAGUAAUAGAACACAUUCCUCUGAUAGUUGUUUUGUUUAUAAUAACAGUUAUCGGAAUAAUCGGAAAUAUUCUGACAAUUUCAUUUUAUGGCUUCAGAGCGAAAAGGACGCCAACCUUCACAUUAAUAAAAUUGUUGGCAAUCGUUGACCUAAUUGUCUGUUUCCUCUGCUUUACAACAAUUGCAGACCUUUGCGUAAACAUCAAGUUUACAAGUGCAGUACUUUGCAAAUUGAUGUACUUUUUAGACCAUUGGUCAAUGCAAUCGUCCGUGCUGAUACUUUGGAUAAUAUCCAUUCACAGAUACAGAAGACUCUGUAAGCCUGUUGGACGGCAAUUAACCGUGAAAUCUGCCACUAUAGCAGUCAUCCUUUUGUCAGGAUUUUCAAUGAUAUAUUGCACGAAUAUCUUUAUUACUUAUAAUCCCGUGAAAGUUAACAUCUCUACUUCAGAUGCUUCUAUUCCGAUUGUGAUUGGUCAUUACUGCACGAAUACGGAUGAACCAAAUUUGAAUGGUGUCCUUCUUACUUUCCAUAUCAGUGAUGUUGUAUUAGUAAUAUUUUGUUUCAUUACAUUUGUCUUUACAUACGGCAAUAUCUGGCGAACGGUUAGAAAACACAACAGGAAAACGGCGGCAAUACAUAACGUUCCAUCUAAACACCCAAGGCAAAAGUUAGCGGAUGUCCGUUUAGAUAGCAAAACACCGAUAAGUAAUGCCAGCUCUAAAGAUAAUUUGUCUGCUGAACAAGCAACAAUAUUUCAAUCGCAUAUAGAUUCAACUACUGUAGAAACAGAAAUUUUUUCAACCAAGCAAUCAGGUUCUUCUGAUCAGACUUUGGCUAAAAUUGGAAAGGUAACCGCCGUCAAAAGCUUUAGGAAGGUCCAGACACCAUCAAAAUCAGCGACAGUUACGCGUGAACGUAACAUUACCGCUGUUAUGUUUGCCGUUACCGUGGGGCUAGUGAUAUGUUUCACUCCAUAUUUCAUUGCUUCCGUCGGAAUACGAGCGAUGUCUGCCACAACAGAAGAGGAACUAAACACCGGCAUGGAGCUGGCACUUAGGUUUCCCUUCUUUAACAGUGUCAUCAACCCCAUCAUAUUUUGCGUUUUAAAUUCUCAAUAUAGAAGGUACAUUAAGGAGAAACUGACAUUAUGCUUAAAUACGGAAUCACAUUAAAAUGUAACAAUACGUGACUGAAAUUCUGGAUUACGAAUUAUGUUUUUGUUAUCUUAAAGUUUGGAAAAGGAUGUGUGUACUUAUGCUGUAUCAGGCAUUUGAUAUGACUAACUAGACAGACAAAAGAUCUACCUGUGUUUUACAAACUUUUGAUUGGCCUUGACUUCUUUUGUUCUUUCUCGAUGUCUGAUUUACAUUUCAAGUCAAACUGUGUACGUAAACAAAGAUAUUUUACCUGUCCAAACAAAGAUGUGAAUAACUAGCCUUUAAACACAUUGCGUUAUAUUGCCUGUCCUCAUUCGCUUGUUUGUAAAUGUUCUAGCUAUGUGUAACUUUGCCAGUAAAGUAUAGAAGCAUUACAUAAUAACAGAAGCGAAUAUAAAUUCUGACGCAAGACAAUAUCUUGGCGGUUUAAAACUAACUCAUUUAAUGCGUGGACAAGAAAUCAAGCCAGUGACAAAAUACUGACAAGGUAGCUUUGCCAACGGUAUAAUGUCGUAUGAAAAUUAAGUCUAAUAUUGAAAUUUAAAAGGAUAAUCAGGUAUUUUAUAAAGAAAUGGGUUAGUACAUUUUUCCGUUCAUGACCAUGGUUCUUACAGUAUACCUGAUGCGAAUUACUCACUGACACCAGACCAGAAUGAAAAUGCCACUGUACAUGAUAUACACUACCCUAUAGGUAUAUUGUAAGAACCAUGAUCAUUAAUGGGAAAGAAAAUAUAUUUACCCAUUUAAACCGUGCAUUUCUCACGUUAAACGAGCAUUUCGACAAAUGGGUACUAUGCUGCAUAUUGAACGAGUGGGUAUUUAUCUUCCUUUUGCACCAGUUACAUUGUCUCAAUAUUUUAUAUGGCAGAUUAUACUUUCGUCAAUGUUACAGGAAAAACUUGGAUUAACUUCCCUAGCGAACUUCCGGUCUAGACUACACGGUUAUGUGCACAUGUAAGGCGGAAAGUAAACAAAUAAAAGCAGAAUGUAACAUAUUCGCAAUUAUAUGAUGAAUGAAAGUCGUCUGAAAAAUUGAAAUCAUAAAGUGGUACACAUU